ACGUGCUCUCGGCACGACCUCCGUCGAUUGGACGCGCAAGCCUCCCGCCCACCUCGACCAAUGGCAGAGCACCGAGGGCGGGACCCGGGGCCACGAACCGGCGGAUUAUCGCGCCGCUAAUAGCCUGCUUGAACUUUAAUGACCCCCCCUCCCCGUCUCCUUGGCAACCGCGUUCUGUUGGGGGUGUCAUAGUUCAGGCACCCCGAACAGACGAGAUCUCGCCGUUCGGCGUGUCGGUUCGUUCGACCAGAAUACGGUUCAGCGGAGAAAAAGCUUCCACUUCACGUUGACUCUCAGAUCGUUUGAGGAGGAAAGCGAAAGAUCGUCUGGCAUGACUUGGUGUCUGUUUACAUGAGUGUUUGUUCUAUACUCAAUUGACAUUUCUUAAGUGGACUUUACAAUUGUCGUCGAUUCAAACUAUGGACAAUUUUUGUCUUUUUUAGAUCGUUUGACACAGAAUAAAAAUAACAGUUGAUGCUCAGUGUAGCAUUAACAACCAGCGACUUUGAUUUAUCCGAACAGUUUUUGAACUUUCUUUGGAAAUAAACAAGGCUAGCCCUUGUGGCCAGCCUUCACCAAGGCCAAAAGCUGUUGAUUCCGGAGUGGACAGCAACCCCAGGGCCGUCCCCAACGGUUCCGGGAACUCUGCAGUUGGGGCCAUUUCACCCGCUGCUGGCAGGCCCUUGGCCGAGCCAGCCCCAACCAGCGGGUUCAUUCGAACGUCGACCUAGUACUUCGACAUCUAGCACGACCACACCACCUAUGGCCCUGGCAGUGACCCCAUGGAGGGACCCUACGACGACUGUGGUCGAGCCGCCGGACAUUGCUCCCCAACCUCCAGGCACCCCCUCUAGUUCGGACAAGGGUCAGUCUGGUGGUCAACAGCAGCAACAGAUCGAGUGUGUCGUCUGUGGGGACAAGUCAAGCGGCAAGCACUAUGGUCAAUUCACAUGCGAAGGCUGUAAAUCUUUCUUCAAGAGAAGUGUCCGGCGGAACUUGUCUUAUACGUGCAGGGGCAACAGGAACUGCCCCAUUGACCAACACCACCGGAAUCAAUGUCAGUACUGUCGUCUGAAAAAAUGUCUCAAAAUGGGCAUGAGAAGAGAGGCUGUUCAACGGGGGCGGGUACCCCCGAGUCAGCAUGGCCUACCUGGACAGAUCCCACUGACCAACGGUGACCUCAACGGUGCUCACUCUUAUCUCUCAAGUUUCAUCUCAUUAUUGUUGAGGGCUGAACCUUAUCCACCAUCCAGGUACGCCCAGUGUAUGCAACCGAACAAUAUUAUGGGCAUUGACAAUAUCUGCGAACUUGCUGCAAGGUUGCUCUUCAGUGCUGUUGAGUGGGCACGGAAUAUACCAUUCUUCCCUGACCUUCAAGUGGCUGACCAGGUGGCGCUCUUGAGGCUUGUUUGGAGCGAACUAUUUGUGCUGAAUGCCUCACAGUGCUCUAUGCCCUUGCAUGUGGCCCCCUUGCUUGCAGCGGCUGGACUGCCUGCUUCUCCUAUGGCUGCAGACAGGGUGGUGGCCUUUAUGGACCACAUAAGAAUCUUCCAAGAGCAAGUUGAGAAACUGAAAGCCUUGCACGUAGAUGCAGCAGAGUACAGUUGUCUCAAGGCCAUCGUCCUUUUCACCACCGAUGCAUGUGGUUUAUCUGAUGUUGCCCAUAUCGAAAGUCUCCAAGAAAAGUCACAGUGUGCACUGGAGGAGUACUGUAGGACACAGUAUCCCAACCAACCAACCAGAUUUGGUAAACUUUUACUUCGUUUGCCCUCUCUGAGAACUGUAAGCUCACAAGUGAUCGAACAAAUAUUUUUUGUGAGAUUAGUGGGCAAAACACCGAUAGAGACACUAAUACGGGACAUGCUGUUGUCCGGUAGUUCGUUCAACUGGCCGUAUAUGCCGCUCCAGUGACCCAUGGAUGGGGGUCACCCGGAAUUCAUGGGGGCUCCCGAUCAGAGGUUGCUAAUGUGUAUGGCUGCCGCUCUGAUGCCUCAGCAGCUUUGUGGCGUUACUCCUAAAAGGUAGCAUUAGAGGCGAAACCGGCCCGCUGCUGAACUGACGACGUCUUCUUGAAGUAACAAUUAAGACGAAACUUAAUAAAAAAAGUGACACGCCUCUUCCAUUAUUGUUCAAUAUCGAUAAUUAUCAUAAACAAGUUCAUAAUUUGACUGCUUCUAUUAAAUUUUAAACUUUUUACCGACAUCCGAAAAUUGGAUCUGGAUGAUUUUUAGUACCAGUAUGAAGUAAAAAAAAUUUAUUAUGAAAUUGACAAACCAAUUUGCUGCAAACGUAAUGCAAUUGUAAUAGUUUUAUUGUAUUGACUUACCGUCACGAGAAAAUCUCCUGCAGGAAGCUGAAUCCUGUAAUUAGAAAUAAAACUAGCUGUAAAAUCAUUUUAUUUUCAGCUUGUUUUUGUUAGUUUUUUUAAAUAUCCGUGGCAUCCCUUACAUCCGUGGGUAAUCCGUGACAUUAUAACUCACUUAACUCUUUGCACUCCGACUGUUGUUUAAACUAAUAGAAGAACUAAAUCAUUUAAAAUACAUAAAACAGUAUUUUUUUAAAAUAUAAUUUGUAAAAUUCUUAUAAUAAUGUGGUUAAUAGUUAUUAAGGUAUAAAAUUUUUUAAUUUUGGAGUGUUGACUGUUGAUGACUACUCGAAGGCGACAUCGGAGUACAAAGGGUUAAAACCUCUUAUGGCCACUAUUUUUUAAAACUCAAGCGAUAAUUAAAAAUAAAAGGGUUUUACUUUUCCUAAUUAAUUCCCUCCAACUACUACGGAAUGGAAGUCAUGUAAACAUCGUUUAAUAAAUCAUGGAAUCACGGAUAUUUUACUUCUCCCAAAAAAAGCUUGAACUGUAGUAGUUAAAUACCAGUGUUUCCGCAUUUCCGAGUGAGGCAUCAUUUGGAAAUUUAUCUCGUGACGGUCUGUCCUUACCAUGAUAUUUGUUCUUUAGAUAAACUUCUGCAAGUUUUCUUUGUUUAGUUUUCAAAAAUUCCCUUUAUAAUUAUUAAAUUUUAAUAUUUAAGUGCAAAAUUUGCUUAUAACUUUUUUUUAGUUUAUCGAAAAGUAACCAAUUCAGCUUAAGUAAAUUUGCUUAUUCAAUUUUUAACUUUCUAAACCAAUCUUAAUAUCUUCAAAAGAUAUCGAUAUCUGAUAUUCAUGAACCGGUUCAGAUCAUUGUUAGACGAAUUUAUACAUCUGUAUGACUCCACAAAUAUUUCAUGAUUGUUCAGUAUUACAUGAAGUUAUCACUUGUUCUGUACAAAAUCAUAAAGGCUAUAUAAAUAUUUAGCCAUUGUUAAAUGAAUUUUAAAGUUUCAUUCAAAUCUCUUACAGUUUUCUUCAUGGUCAAAAUGGUAUUUUUGAACUUUCUUUUAUUUCAAAAAUUCUAAUAUCUCAUGCUCAUACUAAGAAAGUGCGAAAAGUUUUAUUUUAGUGAUAGUGUACUAAAGCAGAAUUUUAUGAAAUUUUUAUAAAACUUUUAUCAGAAAAUCUGAUUAAAAUAUUAACCUUUUACAGCUCUUUCAACAGUUAAAAAAAUGCAAUCUAUAUUUUAAAGUAUAUAUAUUUUAUCUAUAGAAAUCUAUAUCUUAAUGAAAGAUUUUUGGUUUAAAAGAUUUGACUCAAAAUUAUUUUAUAAACCAGAAAAAAAAAUUAAUUCAAAAGCUCAUAUGAAGCGCUACUUCAUUCUCGAAUUGAAACUUUUUAUUUUAUAACAGACGUUGAACAGCCGAUCUAAUUCUGAGUUUACGACUAUCAAUGUUCAGCUCCGUAGUCUCGUAAUUUUGAACCCAACCCGGAAAACAAAGGAACUCUUGGAUCAAGCAUUGGGUCACACUGCAUUUGCGGAGGACUUUUUUGGUGUAACUAAUCCGCAUUUGCGUAGAAGGGAGCGGAAAAUCUCCCACGGUUAACCCGACUUUAAAGGGGAUUCUAAUCCGUGAUCCGUCUACCACUGAAGAUAUUUUACGUCAGCACUGUGGUCGAUGUCAGUCGGGAGGAGAGUUCGUAUCAACCAAGCCACUAUUGGGAUUCGAACUCUGGUUACAUCAUUGGGAGGCGAACACUUUCCUGAACCACAGCGGUUCCUUAUUGAGUCUUUGUAAACGUUGCAAAAAUAACAAAAUUUCUGUGCGUUUCAGUUUUUAGCACUCUACAACUUUUUAAAAUUUUAUGCUCAAAGGCAGUGCAGCUUUCAUUGUUGUUUUUGAAAUACAAAUCUUUCACUUUUUGAAAAUAUCAAAAAUAAAUUAAUUAAUACUAGGAAAUAAUAAAUUUUAAAACGUGUAAUAAAUUAUCAAAUUUCAAAUUAUUUUAUUUCUUAAAGGAAAUUAAAAAAAAAAGCAGUUUCUUCAAUUUUUUAAAUGUAGAAGAAUCAAAACCGUCAGACCAUGUAUUUAGAAUACUAAUUAAUUAAACAAAAAUAUUUAUGAGUUGUGCGCGAAGUUAGAUUAUUAUUUACCAUUUUCCAUGAAGUAAACUUUAAGAAUUCAUUUAGAAUGUUUUUAUUAGUUUUCAUGUGCUCUAUGUUGCCAUGUUUUAUAUUUUCGCUUAAUCAAAGUCGAUGUUGUAAAGUUAAAAAAAUGUUUUUGUGCAAUAUUUAAAAUAUGAAGAAAUGACAUAUUUUUAAUGUAACAUAUUUUGCUCUUUAUACGUAUAUUGAAUUUAUAGAAUAAAUUGUCGUCUGUUAUUCUUCUAGUUUAUGACAUAAAGAUGUUUUAAUAAAUAUUAAUCUGAAUGUAUAUUCAAUGCCUCUAAGUUAGAUAAUUAUAUAUUUUUUAAAUUUCAGUUCAUGGCAAUUAAGUUUUUUUCAAAAUGUUUUUCUUUCCAUUUUACAAUUUUUCGAUCGCAUUUUUUGUUUAAUAACACGGUUUAAAGGUUUUUUUUCCGAAUUCACAUCAGCUUACGUUCACGUCUGUCUGUACAUUCUAAAGUAGCUGCGCAUGCCCACGAUCGGAUUCCUCAAAACUGCGCAUGCUCAGUUACACUUGAAAGAUCAGUGUAACUGAGAAUGUCAGAAAACUUUUUUUUUUGGUCAAUAUAAUGGAAAACAUUUAAUUAUCACUUUAUAUCUAGUUGCCAUUAUGUAAACUCCAAUAUUUAUUUUAAUUUCAUUUCUUUCAUGUUGCUUAUAGAAACAAUCUUGUACAUCUGUGGAAACAAUCACACUGUACAAAAUAUUCAAUAAAUGUAUAAUACAUUGUACAGCCAAAUAUCAGUGAUUAUAAAAUAUUGAUUAAAAGACUUGUCCAUUUUAAUUAUAGAUGAGAUCAUCAUCAUUAUAACUCUGGCAUAAAAUCAUGUACUAUAAUUAUUUUUAAAAAAAAGUUUAAACUACCACGUGAUAGGUAUUUAAUUCUGUUUGUCGACUCAGCUUAUUUAUGUAAUUAAACAACUGAUUUGACGUUGACUUUCAUUAGUUUCUAUUUUCAAUAAAUAAUAUACUGCAAUAAACAAUAAUUUGGCUGAAUUAGGUCAUUUAACAUACUAUUUUAACGGGAUAGUACUGCCCUGACUUCUAUUAAUCACGCGUACUUCUUUCAAAACAUUAAAAAAUAGAAUCCCAUGUUUGAAUUAAUGAAAUUUAAAUGUAAAAAAUGCUUCGUAAAAUAAUUAUUUGCAUUUUUUGUUAAUACGAAAAAAAAAAUCAUUCGAAUUGUUUUUUCGUGAUUUUACUGUAAUUAUUGAUAUUUCGUUAUAAUAGGCAUUGUCAUUACGUUUUAUUACAUGUAUGACCCAGAGUUGAUGUUUUUGUUUUUUUAAAGGACAAAAUACUAAGGGUAAAACAUUUUAACGUUACCUUAUUAUUUCACUCAAUUUUACCCUAUUACCCAUUUCAAGAUGAAAGAUUUUUCUAAUUGUACCUUUCUAAAGAGGUCUGAUUUAAAAUAAUUUUGGUGUUUCAGCUGUGUUUAAUGACUUAUCGCAUUAAAUUUCAAAGUGUCUUCAAGUUUUAAAUUAUCUUGGUUACUUUAUUCAUUGCAUGUUAAAAUCAACUAGCACUUUUUGAUCAAACAUUCAUGUUACAUCAUGAAUAUUCAUUAAAUGUAUGUGAAUAGUUACAUUGCUUUCAUUAUGCCCUGUAAAUAUACCAUUACCUUUAAAAUAUAUGUAAUUAUGAACAAACUAACGGACAAUAUACUUAAAAGUUCACAGAGACUAGCCAGAAUUGUUCAUACUACUUAAAUGUUCUUUCAUAAUUUGCUAGUUUUCAUAAAUAAAUUUUCAAAUAAUUUCCUUGGUUAUUGUAAAAGACAAUUUAAAAUUCUUUUUGCUCUGUUAACAUUCAAAUUUUUUCUCUUUUAUAUUCCAUGAUUUUCAACUUCAACCAUCUUCUCAAUUUUUCAUUUCCGUAAUUGUUUAGGCCUAUUAUAUUGACUUAAAGUACAACGAGUGUCCCAAAAAUUACAAAUGUUUUUAAAAAUCAAUUUAAAGAAAAAUAGAAAUGUAUGGUUUGUUGCAUUUUGCUAAGGAAUCCAGUUAAUUAGUCUGACCAAGUUUAAUAAUCAUCUACAAAAUCCAUCAACAAAUAACGUAUGCAAUCGUACAAAAACUAUGAAACAAUUUGAAAAUAACUGCCAUUUGAACCUACAGCAUGAUUUUAAAUAAGAAUAAAAGUAGCUAAACAAACGGCUGCGCAAAUGUUACGGUCGGAAUGGUCUGACAUAUAACAGAAAAUAUAGUAUUUACAAUCUGAAGCUCCACCUGUUGAUGAACGUUUUAACUAAUUGUGAAAUCAGGUUAAAAUAAAUCUCGUUUCUAAUGCAAAUUGUACAUUUCUACUUUUUAUCUUUCUUUAAAUAGUUUUUAAAAAUUGUGGGUAGUUUUUGGACACACGGAUAUGAGUAUUCUUUUUUUUAAUUAUUAAAAAUUGCCGAGUUUUGAUUAAAUAGUAAAAAUAAAUCUAGAGCUUAUAUGUAAUUAAUCGAUAAUGUUGAUGUUGAAAAUAUGACCCCAAAUUUCAUACUCUUUUCUUGCGGCUUGUUAUUGUCUCAUAGCACGCUCUAAAGUACGAAUUAUUUAAAGAAUUUAAUUAUGACUGUUAGCACUUACCUUUAAUACUGAUAUCAAUAAAUUUCAAAUAGUGAAACUUCAUUUGUUUUAUGUGUUUUCUUUGUUGAAUUAAAAGACGCUUAUUGAGUAUGCUUUAAGAAAAAAUAUAGGAUUGUCAUAAUUGAUAAUAAUUUAAAUUUGAACAAGAACAUUUAAUUCAUUACUUCUUUAUGGAUAUCAUUAUAAUGUGAACUUAAAUUUGUGUGCAGAUUGUUUAUAAUAUUUUCAUGAAUAUAAAUAUGCCAAUAAUUUUUUCGCCAAGAUAGUAACGCCAAACAACUGAGUUGCCAAUUCUUUUUUAUUUAUUAAUUUUAGAUACGAAUACUUUGUGUUAUCUAUUUGUCAUCUCAAGUAAAAUGUACACUUAUAAAGAGGUUGAACGAAAUGUAAAUAAAUGAAAAUAAAUGUAAAAUGUUUUUA